GGCGAAAAGCAGAGCCAGUCUCCAUGCAAGUCCCGGCGGCACCGGCCCAGGCACUGAGCAGCCCCAUCCCGCCAGCCCCUGUGCACACAAUGGCCUGCCCCGGGACCCCGCAGCAGCUCCAGCCCAGCUCUGCAGGAGCCACCACUGCCGCCACCAGUGUAGGGGGUCACCGUGGCUCCAAGGAGUGUGACCUGGAGUGCCUGGUGUGCCGGGAGCCCUACAGCUGUGGCCGGCUGCCCAAGCUGCUGGCCUGCCAGCAUGCCUUCUGCGCCGUCUGCCUGAAGCUCCUGCUGUGCAUUCAGGACAGCACCUGGUCCAUCACCUGCCCACUGUGCCGCAAGGUCACCGCCGUCCCCGGUGGUCUCAUCUGCAGCCUGCGUGACCAGGAGGCAGUGGCGGGGCGACUGGCCCAGUCAUACCCCGAGGUGCGGCUCUCUCCCCAGCGGCUGGCAGAUCCUGCUGCCUCCACGGAGUGGCACCCCAGCUUGGCAGGAGAAGAUGGGCAGGACGCGGUAAGUGCCAACCGCGCGGCGGCCCGGCGCCUGGCCGCACACCUGCUCCUGCUGAUCUUGCUCAUCGCCCUCAUCCUGCCCUUCAUCUACCCGGGCGUCAUCCGGUGGGUGCUUGCCUUCAUCAUCGCACUGGCCCUGCUGAUGUCCACCCUCUUCUGCUGUCACCCCAGGCAGGGCAGCUGCCCGUCCUUCCUCAGGACUCUCUUCUGCGGAGAGCGGAAAGACAGCCAGGUCUCCUCCAUUGCCUGAGGCACUGUGACCAGGCAGCCCCUGCAGCCCCUCCUGCCUCUUGGGUUCCCUGAUCCCCCCACAAGCAGGGCCAUGAACUGAGACUGGCUCCCUCGGGAGAUCCCAUGCCAGCUGGACUUGCAAGCCAGAGCCAGGAUGGUCAUCUUGGGUCAAGAACUCAUGCUUGGACAGUAGGUUUGCAACUGCCCUUGCACAGCCAAACCGCCGGGGGGUGGGGGAGGAGACACAAACUACUUGAACCCCAUGAGGGAGACCUCCUGUCCCUCUUCUUGCAAUGCUCCUGGUUUUUCUUUAUAUAACUUGACUUGAUGAAAGUAUUGCAGUAUUGAGCCUGGUGCUGAACAAAUAGAACUGGGACUCUUUUUUUUUUGCAAUUAUAUUGCUGGUUCUAUUUUCUUGUU